UUUCAGAGAGAGAAAGAGUGAAAAUUUUUAGAGAGAGAAAGGGUUUGAAGAUCGAUUGAGAGAAAAAGAGUGUUUGAUCUUCCUGCUUGCUUGUUUGGUCUGGAGAUGGGUUCUCUCUGUUAAGAUUUCUAGAGAGAGAAAGUUUGAAGAUCGAUAGAGAGAAAAGGGAGUGUUUGAUCUUCCUGCUUGCAUGUUUGGUGGGGAGAUGGGUUCUCUCUGUUGCGCUCUCCCUGAUGAACUGAUGCUCAAGAUCCUCACCCAACUCCCCGUUCAAUCCAUUCUCAACUUCAAAGCAAUCUCCAAAUCAUGGAAUGAAACCCUCUCCUCUCCUUCCUUCGCCACUGCUCACUCUCUCUCCUCUUCCCCAUUCUCUCCAACCUUCCCUCUUUUCGUCCAGAAAAGUGGAAUCUUCUCCAUCCCUCCUCCGCCCCGAUGUUUGUCUCUCUCCCCCAAUGAUACUCAGCCCCAACUUCUGAAGCACCUGCCUGAUGAUGCCUCAGUCGACGGCCUCACAACCUGCAACGGCUUAAUCUGCUUCUAUGACAGAACCUCUCAAUCUUAUUACAUCGGCAAUCCUGCAACUUCUAAGUACACGGUGGUUCCGGCACCUGUAGAUUGCUUUUACAACGGAGUUGUUGGCCUCGGCUAUGACCCCAUCUCCUUUAGUUUCAAGAUAUUGAUACAGUGCUCACCUAAAAGUGAUACCCCUUGGAGAUGGUGCCUGUUCUCCUCGCUUACCAGGUGCUGGGAAACAGUCGAAGCGCCAACGACGCCUAAAACAGUCGAAGCGCCGACGCCCAAGUUUGAUCAUCGUUGCGACAGAGCAAUGGCAUGUACCGGGAGCACCUGCUAUGGCGUAUUUUGCUCCUGUCCAAAUUUUGUGGCUUUCGACCUAAACACAAAAUCAUGGGAUUCAUUCCCACCUCCGGAGGGUCUCUCGUAUUCUUGCAGAAGACUGGGCGGACUCUUUAUCCACACUUGCAAAUACCUUUUGAAAACCCAAAUGUGGGGUGACCGGGUUUGUAUUUUCAAUAUAAACCAUGAUUUAGAGUUGAAAAUAUGGGUUUUAAAUAGAGAGAUGAGGAACUGGGAGCUGGUGGUGAACGCGGGCCUGCAAAAUUUGAAGGAUAAACCUGGCAAUACACUUGAGGCCCUUCUCUUGGUGGGUGACACAUUAUUCAUUUCAAGACACAAUGACAGAUUAUUCAUUUCAAGAAGACACAGAGAUCGUCAUUCAACAAAAAUCACCAUAGCAUAUAAUGUGAGAAGUCACCAAUUUACAAUAAUUGAAGAUCUUUCCUUGCGCAAUGUAUUUGAUUUUGUGCCCUAUAAGACAACCCUCUUAUCCUGGGACGCAUAGAAGCUCAACUCUGGUAGUUUUCGAGUAUGGUUUGAUGACAUCCAUUCUCUCUCUGUUUUCGUUUCUCUUUUGCUGAGUUAAACCUUUUUGUGUGAGUGGUCUUGGGAUUUUGGCAAUUCGCAGUUUGUUUUUAUUGGAUUUCAUUAGCUGGACUGGUUUCGGUUGUCGUCUUCUUCCAUUUGAAAGAUGCAAUUGUAGGAUUGUAACUGCUUUAUGCUAUUGUUUCUAUCAGUGUAAAUCAGCUUGCUUCUC